AUCGUUCCUGAUUGGUAAAUACAACUUGAAUUGCACGGUGAUUGGCUAAUUAUGAGAAAUGAAAAAAAGGUCAAUGACGAGAACAAUCACCCAUCGAUCAGCGGCAACGCCGCCGUUAGAUGUGGCGGGAGGCCUCGAUCCAGUGUUCCGAGCUGUUCGAGAGGCAUGGUGUAGAUGCGCCACGUCUUGAUGUCGAACAAGUACAGCACCGCGCGAACCUCCACAGAGAGGAUACCUGUGAGCACAGCAGACGCUUUGUCCACAUACUGUGUGCCUUGGUAGACCCACUUGGACGCGACGAAUUGAUGCUUCGCAGACGUGUACAAGAACACCGAUGUGGUCUUGGAUCGAGUCGUCGCGCGAGGGAAACGCCACAGCACCAAAACAAAGCACAACGCGCAGUAACCAAACACGAGCCCCAGCAACAAGGUGAAGCGGCCGACACUGCCGAUCUCAAUCGUCCCUCCGUGGCAGAUCACUUGGAAAUCCACUUGAGCCACGGUACACACCCGUUCCACCACGACAGAGUAGGACGCCGGCGACGCAAACUCCCAUAUAGCCGACGCCACCCACACGACAAUGAAACUCGUCCACGAAUACUUUUGCGUGUACUGGUGCGUGAGCACGGAGAAGACGUCGUUGAUGAUGUAGGUCAUCCAGUUGAGUUCGCCCGCCGUCAGGAUCACCAUGUACCAUGGCUUUCUGUCGAAAUGGAAGAAGGACACAAGUCCUUGGAGCGGGCGCACGAGGACCAACGACGAUGUUGAGAGCAAGCAGAUUGCACAGAACGCGCGCAGGAGAAUGAGCGGUCGGCCGAUCCAGACGAGCGACGCAACUCGACUGAACGACGUCAUGUUGGCAGCUUCGACUUGGCCCUUGAGCAUCACAAUGUAAACGCACACCACACACGCCACACACAGCAUAACCAACGUGAUGUACUGCAACAGCCAUCGCAUGUAGAACGCCACGUUCAGCGGAACUUCCAUCGGGUUCACGGGCAAUUCUUCGUUCACAGUCGUCGUCGACAUGGACGUAAUCGUGGUCGCGUCCCCCUCGAACGACACGACCUCCCGGAUGCCCUGGACCCAGUCGAACAUGUACAGCCAUGCAAACAGCUCAAAGUCGGCUUCGCUUUCGUCAAACACGUUGACGCGGGCCAACGAGUAGUUGGUCGCGAUGCCGUUGCGCGGCACGACAUACUGCACGACCGUGACCGCGACAUCGUCUCGGAGUGUCUGCUUGACCUGCUGCGCUUGGUGGCGCAACGAGUUUAACACGUCGGGUGGGAAAGAUGCCGCCGCGACGAACGCUUGGGCGUUUGAAAUGAACUUGAACGACGAGUCGGGGGAGUCGUACUCGAGGGCUGUUGCGGCUGUGGCGUUGAGCGAGGGGGUCGCGAGCACUGCCUUGACCAGACCGCUCGUGUCCACCGUGAGAGUGUCUUGCAAUCCGAUGCCGCAGAGCCCGCGGUAGCUGAACGAAACGCACGGGCGGUCGUCCAUCGAGAGAAAAUUCGGGUCGGGUUCACACAAAAUGUUGCCGCCGCGGUGGCUCCAUCCCGUCCACGCCUUCACCACGGGCUGCAUCGUAAACGAAAAGUAGAUGGACCAGAACGCUUCUUGGAUCGCGGCGUCCAUGCCAAGCCAGUGCUUGAGUUGAUUCGACAGCUCGAGGUACAGCGAUCGCAGCGCGGAAGGACAUGCGACCCGCUUCAUCUUGACUUGCCCAAACGGACCGAGCACCGACCGCAACAACGACAUUCCUGGCCCCAACGGGCUCGGGAGGACGCCCUCCAACGCAUAGAUGGUUUCCACACUCACGUUGUGGUAGGCAAAGUUGCCGCUGACGCGGAGCAGGCUCUUUCCGCUCGUGACGCUCGUGUUCAGCAUGAGCAGCGUGAGGUCGCACGCCAAUGGCCACGCCAUCUUGAAUGUGGUUUGGACUGGGAACUGGAACGAUCCGUUGGAUGUUUUGAGUGUGAUGGGGUAGUUCCAUCCAAAGGCGUUUUGAAUCGAAAACGACUCGACGAUGCCAAGCGUCUUGAAGUUUUGCCACUGCGUCGUGAACGUCGCGAUGCCAUGGGAUUGCCAGAGCCGUUCUUCGUCCGCGACUGUGUUGGCGGGCCUGCGAACGGAUGCGUCCAGCCACUGGAUCCCUUCGGCACUCGUCUUCAAGUACGAAAACACCCCCACGUCCAACGGAUCGCCCCAGCACUGCAUCAAACUCGCCAAGUUGGCAUUCCGGACCAUCGAUUCCAAGUACACGGCGCCAUCCCGCGCGUCCGCCACACACCGCGCUUGCCGCUGUUCGGACGGCGCCAUCUCCCACCGCCGUCCAAAGUCCACGUAGCAAUACGUGGUCAUGAUCCACGGCACCAUGCACCCGUCCAUGCUUCGCAGGCCCUGAAUGACGUUCGCGAGCGAAUUGGCAGCAUCUUGGACUGCGAUUGCGUACAGCGGCGACACCGCGACAACGGACGCGGUCAUGUUGGUCGUCGUCGCCAUCGCCGCGUGGUCGGCCGUGUGGAUCUGGAUGUUGGACAUGGCGGACGUGACCUGGAGCAUGCUGUUGAACCAGUUGCACACGUACACGUGGGUGUCUGUGUCAAAAGAAGCCCACCAAAAGUCGUUCGCCAUGGCGGAUUUCGUCAAUUCCAAAAACGUGUAGCUGCCCGCAAUCGACGUCGUCAUGUACAUCAAGCUGAGGAAACCAAGCCAAGCGUGUUGGGUGCCAAACGUCGGGACAGGACCAUUGCCGGGGGGCACGACGAACCGGGGCACGUCGAACGUAUGGCCGGUGGCGGAUUCGCCCUUGACAAGUCCCCACGUUUUAAAGUCAAACAGCCAAUUGUGGACCGGAACCAUGCCCGACAUGAUGCACGUCAUGACGUCCAAGUGCCACGACGUUGCGGCAGCCGACGGCAUGCAAAACGCUUCCGUGGCGGCUGGGAUAAGGGCGUGGUUGGUCGCAGUCCCCUUGGGCCGCGGUUUGUGCAGCAAGAAGCGGCAGGCGCGGACGACGCAGUACGCUACGACAGCGCACGCGGCAUGGAUCGAAAACAAGACGCACACGCGGCCAAAGCUGCCGAUUUCAAUUGUCCCACUCGUGCACUUGAUUCCGCGGCGAAAGCUUGUGAUGGAGCAUGUCCGUUCGAUCGUUGCGUGUGCGACGUAUGGCGACGCCAACUCGACGGACAUCACUGCAAUGAACCCGAGACAGCUCCCAAGAGCGGCAUAGUCGCGAGAAUGCGUUUGGGUCAGAGGCAGCAGCACAUCGUUCAGGACGUACUGCAGCCACAAGGUCUCACUCGACAAAAGCAGUCGCUCGACGGGCGACCGAUCGUAGUUGUGGAAUGCCGUGACCUGGUUGCCCACGUGCAGCGCCGUCGUCGACGUGCUCAGGAUGAUGACGGCCGUGAUGCCCCGAAUAAACAUGAGCGGUCGACCGAUCCAGACACUGCCGAAUACCCGAUUGUACUGAAACAGGUUGGCGCCGUCGAUUUGAAACUUGGCGACCACACCAAGCAGCGUCAUCGCGACCGCCACGACCGUAGACAUGGCCGUGGAGUACACGACCAAAUACCAAAAGUACACACACGCUUUGCGCGGAAGCUCUUCCGGGUUCACCACAAAACGCACGUACGGCACCCGCCCCGACAUUAAAGUUAGGUUGCCGUGGUCGCCCUCGACGUUGUACACUUCGCGGGUGCCGUUGACCCAGUCGUACAUCGUCAGCCACCCCAUGAGCGACCACGGGUCGGACGAAGAAGCAGGCACAACGUCCUGGGUCACCAGGACGUUCGUCGAGCCAUUUUGGACCGCCAUUUGCAUGAAUUGCACCCUCAGCGCCUGGACGUCGACGUUUGCCUUUGCGACAAGAGGCCCGACCUCUCGCUUGACAGUGUGCAAGAGCGGUAGCAGCGUUGCUGCUUUUGCGAGUGUCUCGUGGCAAAGGGCGGCGCGCGCAGGACUCAUGGCACACACGGCAGGAAUGUCGCCGCCGUUGAAUGCCAGCACAAUCAUGGCAAAGACCACGUUCAAGCGAUCGAACUCGAUCACGAACGGAUCUUGAUUCUGGCACCCAUCGUUGUACGCCAAGGGCAUUUGCGGGAACGGUUGUGGGUCCGCAAACGACAGGCACAGCGGACUUCCUCCGUAGAACGCCAAGUUGGGCGCGCGCCAAUUUGCCGGGACCACGUCGAUGACGGGGUCUGUGAGCUGGUUGAAUCCGUCGAGGAGCUCGGACGAUUCCGUCAGUGCGUGCAGGAACUGACGCUGGAACGUCGAGAAGAUGGCCACGACCGACGCCGGUGGCCGGACGUGGUACAAAUCGAACCCCAUCAACGGUCCGAUCUCGGACCGGAUGAGUUGCAUGCCAACGGUGGAGGCAGGGCCGUUGUACUCGACGUCCCAGUCCAUGCCCAUGGCAGGGAGCGACGCAUUCGAAUUGAGCACCAAACUGCACCCGUAGUACGUGCACACGCUCAGGUCAUUCCAGAGGCCGACGGCGGAACGGCUUGUUGACCACGACGCCAAACCACGAUACAUAUACGGCCAGGACGACACUGUGAUCGGCUGAACAACCCCGAGCGCGUUCACGAUCGUGAUGCUAUCUUCAAAUCCGAGCUGGAACCGGUUCUGCAUCUGGAUUGUCCAGUGCGCUAGGCCGUGCUCGUGCCACCACUCGACUUCGUCCUUGACGGACAGCCACUCGGACAUCGCGACGAGUUGAUGGACCCACGCUGGGCCACCCGCCAUGUCCAACAUCGGCGUCAAGAUCGUCUGGUUGAUCGAAUGGCCAAACGAUGACUCGGUCAGGUCGGACGAGUUGACGUUUCGCAAAAGCGAUUCCAAGUACAUGGCGGCGUUGUCCUGUUGCCGGUUGGCGCAUCGCUGCUGGCGCAAGGGCGAGUGUGCCAUUUCAAAGUGCCUGUUAAAGUCAACCCAACAGUGCGAGAUGACCGUGAAAACAUUCUCGUACAAGCUGUUCUUUCGCAGCGUCGUGACCGCGACGUCCAACGGCAGCGGCUCGAGCAUCCACCGGCGCGCGGCCACCGCCCGCAUGUUCACGAACGUAUUGAUGGCCGAGUAGUUGCCGAGCAUGGCGGACUCGCUAUCGAACAUAUCAAACGGCCCGGAUACGUCGAGGAUGAGCUUGGCAUUGAAAAGAUCCGCUAGGUACGUUUGGCCACCCGUUGUGUUGAAUUCGCGCCACCAAAAGUCGUUGGAGACAUACUCGACCAGCACAAUCAGGUAUGCAAAACUCGUCCCGACGGUGCACAAGAGGUAGAUCGUGCCUGCGCAGGGCAGGACGACCCGAGUGAACCAGGCUGGCACGCCACGGUCGAAGAGCUUUGACGUGUCGAGAGGCGGGAGCAUGCAGUUGAGCAAUGGCAGUGGCGUGACAACGGC